GGUCCAACCAACUUGGGACAACAUGCCGCUUUCAAACAGAGUCACACCGCAGCAACUUUCCCUCUGUGUCUGGAUUUAAAUGAUUAUCCGGAGCGUCUCCUCGACACAAACCGCGAACCCCACAUGGUCGACGCUGAACCCUGACUCUUGAAAUGUGGACCGAACUCACCUGAGAGGACUGGAGGUUCAAAGAAGACACAUUAACUUCCCCGAACGGGCUUGUUUUUUUGUUUUUUUUUGGGAAGUAUUAACCCGCGAUUUUUUUAUUUUAUUAAAAUGGGUGUGCUGUGGACCAACUACAUUUUCUUCCUGGCGUGUUGCUCAGGAUUAGGAUUUGGAAGCCCGAACAGAUGCGACGAAGUGCGCAAAGUUUUCCAACUCAGACAAAUUGGACCAAAUCAAUUAUUGCCUUUAAGUCCCAGACCAGGUUCAGACCUUCAGGUGUGCGUGUCCAAGAACCUGACUUGCUGCACCAAGAAGAUGGAGGAGAAGUACCAGGUGGCGGCCCGGAGAGACAUACAGAACAUUCUCCAGACGUCCAGCUCCAGCCUCAAGUUUCUCAUCUCGCGCAGUGUUGCUGCUUUUCAAGAUACCUUUGAGGUCCUGAUGAGGCAGGCGGAGAAUCACACUAAUGUGGUCCUCCAGGAGUCGUACCGCAACAUGGCUGAUCAGGCUGUGGGCCCUGUGCAGGAACUCUUCACCGAUAUCGGUCUCUUCCUGCUGGGGUCUGAGCUCAACGUUGAUGACUUAGUACAGAGAUUCUUCGACGCUCUCUUUCCACUGGUCUAUAAUCACCUCAUCAACCCAGGCCUCAGCGACAUAUCGCCAGGCUAUGCAGAGUGUGUAAGGUCAUCCAGCCGUGAUGUGAGACCAUUUGGUGGGGCGCCCAGCGUCCUGGCUGAUCAGAUUGCUCGCUCAGGGGUCUCCGGGAAGCUUCUUCUUCAGGCGCUGCACCUCGGCAUCGAGGUCAUCAAUACCACAGACCACUUACAGCUGAGCCGCGAGUGCAGACGGGCCCUGCUCAAGAUGCACUACUGUCCUCACUGCCAGGGCUUAACCCAGUCCAAGCCCUGCAUGGGUUACUGCCUGAACGUGAUGCGGGGCUGUUUGGCAAGCAUGGCAGAGAUUGACACCCAUUGGAGGGAGUUUGUUCGCUCCCUGGAGGGCCUGUCAGCACGGAUGCACGGACCUCAGGAUUUGGAGCAAGUACUUUUGGGAGUUCACUCGCUGCUUCACGAUGCUGUUGGACAUGCUCAGAAAAAUGGACCCCGCCUCUCAGCACAGGUGCACAAACUGUGUGGCCCCCCAAGCAGGAAGCUUGCGCAGUCAGUCAGCAUCCAGCACAGCAGCAGAGAAUCCAUCCCUUUCAAAGCUCUUGUCAGAGUGUCAGGGGACUCGCUCGCUGUCAAGAGAAGGGACUUUCUGAAUGGUCUACGUUUCUACCGUACAUACUACGGUGGCCUGGCAGAUCAGCUGUGUGUGAGUGAGCUGGCCUCUGGUGACGGACUGUCCUGCUGGAAUGGAACCGACAUUGUUAAAAGCUAUACCCUCCGUGUGGUGGGCAAUGGGAUCAAGGCUCAGAGUACCAACCCCGAAGUCAAAGUGAAGGGAGCCGACCCUGUAAUAAAUCAGAUCAUUGACAAACUGAAACACAUCAAUCAGCUGUUACAGGGAAAGUCCAUUCCUAAACUGGGCUCACUCGACCAGAUUGAAACAGGAAGUGGCGACGCAGAGGGACGUUAUAGUGGCGACUGUGAUGAUGAGGACGGUUGUGGUGGUUCAGGUGGUAGCGAGAAUAAGAGGAAGGUCUCCAGAGUCUCCAAAUUGAGUCCAGAUGUGACCAGUGAUCACAAACAUCAUCAUCAUCAUCAUCAUCAUUAUCCACCUGCCGAGGAUUCAGAAAUGGAGGGCAGAUCCAGGAGCCUUGGACUGACUGGAGCCAUCUGGGUCUUGAUAUUGCCUUGUUUACAUAUGCUCCUGGCCUUGUAAUAGCUGCCUUUUUGCAGCAUGAAACUUUCAAGACUUGUUUUCAAGCUUAUUAAUCCAGAAGUGAAAUGGCCAGUGGACGUAAAGAGCUCCAGUAUGUAAUGGAGCACCACUUCCACACAGUGCAGGACACGGUAGGAGUGAACACUAAUGUUUAUGUGGAAAAUUGCAAGACACUGUGGCUUAUAUGUAAGACAGCCUUUGGUUCAGCUUUGCGAAUAUUAAUUAUUUUUUAUCAGUUACCUGGCAUUCAUUAACAGUAAAAAUGACUUAUUUAUAACAGCCGAUGUUAAAACUAAAUACAGCAUAAGUUGUAAACAUUUGGUAUUAAUUUAAUUGUAUUUAAUUGUAUACAAUCUCCACAGCUUUUACAACUUAAAUAUUUUUGGCCAAAUGAAAACGGCCUGUUUGUCUUAUACCAUCCUAGGAAUCACCUAUAUGUAUAAACCUAUGUUUUUUUAAAGACAUUUUUAUACAAAUGUGCUUAAGAUUGUGCUUCAGAUAAUUGAAGGCUCUCAGAUAUGUAUUAUAUGUCCUUAUACAUUCUGCUAAAAGGAACAAGAAAUGAUUCAAGGUAUCUGCUUCCCUUCACUUUAAAUAGCUGCCAUGCAGAGUCCAUUUAAUUGGUAUAUUUCAAUUGCAAAAUUGACCUGUAAUGCUAGUGCUGAGAGAAAUGGUGAAAGGAGAGGGGUGGGUAGGUGGACACUGGGGGCAACUGAGGGAAUCCACACUUCUUUCUUCUUUAGAAAUAGAUUAGUUUCCUUAGGAAUCUAUUAUCAUCUUUCAAACUCAAUCCUCCUCUGCCUUCAUGUAUGCCUGGAUGGGAGCUGAUAGCUCUUGGAGCCACUGGUGAGGAAGAAUCCAGUUGCUUCUACCUGAUACCUGACUGCAUACUGCUUGUGUGUUGCUGGCAAGUUUCUGUGCAGAGAAAAGGAAAAUGAUUUGUUUCACAUACGCCAUGCAUGUCUGGUCAAUGGCUGAGAGAGAAAAGUACUCAGCGGUGCCGAAAAUUGGUUCCUUGGCUCACAUAUGCUGGGGAACUUCUUAUAGAGCUAAGAAAAAAUAAUCUUUUGAGAUGCUGCAGAAGCAAAAUUAUACUCUUUAUAAUUAAAUUUCACUAUUCAUGUAUAUAUUCUGUAUAAAAAAACACAGAAAUGAACAAGAAAAACAUUAAAGCUGCUACUGUAAAUAGAAGACAAUGUAAACAUUUACUGAAACAUUUAAUUACGGCUCGGGAACAGCUUUUUAUUUUCCAGCCAAAGGUACAAUCUCCUCAGGUACUUGUUUGAUCGUAUAUGAUCAUAUUUCAGAAGCCUGCGACCUUCCUCUCGCUGCUGUUGUCCUAAAACAUGCAUAUAAGUUUUGUCAUUAGUCAUUUUCUCUUUUAAUGUACCAGGUUAGACUUUUAUCAUGAUAUAAAGCCAAGACUGUUUGAGCAUCUGAACCACUUGAGUAGCUUGGACCGUUUCCAAUGACACUCUCAAGGUUUAGAAAUGAUAACUUUGAGAUUAAUUAUAGUCAUCAUUUCUUACCGUGCUUUAACUUUAAUGUCUGUAUAUUAGGCUUUUUGAGGUGAGAUUCCCAAACGACAAUAGUCACUGCUUAACGGCUUUAAUACAGUUGUUUAAAUGUUGUAUUCUUAACUACCUAACAAGUCACGACUGCUGUCAGUGCUAUUGUCAUCUGAACAACUGUGUUAAUGACACUAUUAAAGUGUUAACUCUCUUACUAGAUAGCGGGCAGCAGGCACAGAGCCAAAGGUGCCUUCAGGCUAAAUAUAGAUGUCAGGUUGCACUCAUUCUCCUCUACUUAAAGGAAAAAGUUCAGUUUGAUAUCGAAGGUGAUUCUUAUCGCUACAUAUCGGCAGUUAUCCAGAGGAGGACGGAAAGAAAGGGCCAGAUGCUGAUGCACCCACCUCCAGACAGGUGUCAUCCUGCAGGCAUUGCAAUGUGUCAGAACCUCUUAAAUAACAUGUUUACCCUAUGAUGUUAUGUUCGGAGAGUGACUGUGUCAUCUGAAAAAUAAAUUCUUGUAAUACAUGCAGCUCUAUUUUGACCCAGACUGUAAUGUAUCCUGCAAGGUUUUUUUUGUUUAAUACAAUGGUCUUUAAAGAAAAAAUGCUUUUUAUAACAUUGGACUUGCCAAUUGUAAUUGUAACAAUUGUAAGUGCUGAGAACUCAACAGCUUUGCUGAAAAUAGGUCAGGCGUUGCAACAAACAUGAGUAGUCAAACAUUCAGACAGGUUGUAAACAAACCCCCGGGUUAGUAAAACUUGUUCGGAAGAGAAAAUAAAGGCAAACAGAAAAAUGAUUAUCCAAAUGAUCCAUUGUAAACAGUUAAGGGACUUCCACUGACCUACUUAAACUUUGACCUACCAUUCUUGCUGUAGUUGUGCACACUGUUCUACUUUGCAAUGAUUAUUAGAGACAUUACUGCCUUUGGUUUUUACCUUCGAAUAAAGUUUUGGCAUGUUUACGACCUGA